AUGGCAAGCGUGCCUGGCUUAAAGAGGCGACUGGUUUGCGGCUUCAUCCUGGUAGUCCUCGGCUUUGUAACGGUCAAUUUCUGGGAUGACCCAGGUACGGGGGGUCGGGCCGCGCCUCCAUUCUUGGGAGCACUCUGUGGACUCUUCCUUGGGGUCCUUCACUUUCCUGGAAGUGGGUUCACCAGAGGAACUUCCCGGAAAUGUAAAGUGAUAGUCUGCACGCUCAUUGUCAUGCUCACAGUUAUUGCUGGGACUUACCCGUGGCAUCAGAUACCAGCAAUUGGCGGAAAGUUGGGAGAGCAAUCCGACGUGUGGCGCAAGCGCUGGGUGAUGCUCUUUGCUUGCGGCUUCCUCGCAGCGAUAUGUGUGAUCUGCAUGUUGAAGCCGCACCCACCCUCCACUUAUGCACAUGAUGCGAAAUGGUGUACCUUUGGCCUUUGGCUGUGUAUGAUGGUGUAUCCGCUCUAUUACGUACGCAAAGGGCACAAGUACACGAAAGCGGGCGACUUCUUCGUUGCAUUAACACUCAGCAUGGAGUCCGUCGUGCUCGGCUGGAUCGUCUGCAUAUUCCAAGCUCGAAUGGUGGGCAUGAAGUCUAGACACACAUCAGGUAAGCUCAGUUCUCAACUAUGGAUAGUGCUGAUGCGCGGCGCUUUUUUAUCGUUGGCCCUCUCGAUUGCAGUGAAUCGCGCGAUGGGAAAAGAUUCGCAGGAAGGUUUGAUCAUGCGUAUAAUCGUCCAGACAAUGUUCCUCAGCAUGUGGGCUUGGUAUACCUUCGAUGUUUGCAGGAGCUUUUGGCGGGCAUUGCGUCUGCUGCAGAUCGAGGCUGGACGUGUGAGAGGGCCUCCCAGAAGGCAAGCCUUUUGGGCUGCAAAAAUUGUCUGUGUGGAGCUAUUGCUAUGCAUGCUCCUGGGCUCCACAACUUUUUUCACCUGGUUUCUCAUCACCAUCCUCAAGUACGUCCAGCUUGUGAACCAUGAUGCCUACAAAGAAUUCCUCUCAUCAACAUGGGGAAUCGGCCUGAGUGCCAUGCGCCGAUUUGAUGUCGGCAUCAACUCGCUGUCACUGGCGCUGUUGUCUGGCAUCCUCUGGCAGGAUGAGCCCCCUACAGAUGUCGACGCGGAGACCAGAUCACGUUCGCAAUCACGAGGGCUGUCAUCCAUGUCAGCCAAUCUGGCCGUUGAUGAUCAGGCAGUCUACGUGGCUGUCGUGCGACAGCUGGCACGACGCGGCUUCCGCUUGGGCUCCCUCCUGGACUUCUGGCAACAGCUCCUAGAGGGGGACGAGUACAUGCCACGUUUCGAUCCCC